CUGGGUCGAGUAGUCAAAAAUAUUGAAAGCAUGAGUGGUAUGCAAGAGCCUGAAACUAGCUAGAAUCCAAGAUGGCGGAUCGAGACGAAAUGGACGAAUACACCAACACAAAGCGGGUUCGUUUGUCAUCUGACGCUUCUCUCGCUCAAAAUAUUAGCUAUAGUGAUGAUAAAGAUAAAUUUGAACCAGAAAAAGAUUUCAGAUUGCAGUUCACGGCAACUGGAGAAGGUGAUAAUUCGAAAAAGCCGUCGUCUGAGUCUACGUCACGUGAACAACAUGUCGGCCACGGAGGACAAGAAAGACGUCAAAUUGACGACUUUCCGACUUGUUUCAGCGUAGAAGAAGGCUUAGAUGAUAUUGAUGAACAUCAUUAUCAGCCUGUUGCCGGUCCCAUGGGAUGGAUUGAACAGCAGAUGAGUCAUGAUGUUAAUCCAGAGGAUAUUCUUACCUACAUGAUACCCCAUGCUCAAUUGCCUCCCAACCUCGAUAAAACAACUUUAUGGAAGAUUAUCAUUGACAUUCUUACUGAGCCCUCUCCAAGACAAAAGCUUGACCAUUUUAAUACUCUUGAUGAUGUUGUGGAACUUCUCAAAGGAUCAAAGAACAUAGUUGUUUUAACUGGAGCUGGGGUAUCAGUGUCCUGUGGUAUUCCAGACUUUCGCUCUCGAGAUGGUAUCUAUGCUAAAUUAAGUGUUGAAUACCCUGACCUUCCAGACCCUCAGGCAAUGUUUGACAUUUCAUUCUUCUGUCAGAAUCCACGACCAUUUUACAAGUUUGCAAAAGAAAUAUAUCCAGGAAAAUUUAAACCUUCCCGUAGUCACAGAUUUAUCAGGCAGCUAGAAUUGAAUGGCCAACUUUUGAAGAAUUAUACCCAGAAUAUUGACACUCUGGAACAGAUUGCUGGCAUAUCAAGGGUCAUACAAUGUCAUGGGUCAUUUUCUACUGCAUCAUGUACAAACUGCAAGUACCAGGUUUCUUGUGAGGCCAUAAGAGAUGAUAUUUUUAACCAGAUCAUUCCUCUCUGCCCAAAGUGCCCUCAAGAUGGAAGCUGUUUUGCUAUCAUGAAACCUGAUAUAGUAUUCUUUGGCGAGAGUCUUCCCUCUGAGUUCUAUCACAACUUGGAUGAGGAUUCAGAAAAGGCUGAUCUUCUGAUAGUCAUUGGAUCGUCCUUAAAAGUUCGACCAGUUGCUCUGAUUCCAAGUCACGUGCCACCUGAGGUUCCACAAGUGCUUAUCAACAGAGAGCCGCUUAGACAUCUGACAUUUGAUGUCGAGUUACUGGGCGACUGUGACGUCAUCGUCUCCGAGCUUUGUCAGCGGCUGGGUGGGACUUGGAGCGGUUUGUCAGAUGAUUUGGAAAUUCCCUGUGUGAAAAGAUUGCGAUCUUUGCCAGCGAAGCUGACUUCAGUUGAGGAACGUAUCGAAGAGAGGGGUCACUCGUCGGGAGAGAAAGAAACGUCUGAGAAUGUACCAAACAAUGAAGACAUAUUGCACGAUGAAACGCAAGUGCGAGAUGCUGUAAGUACACCCAAUCAACUCGACGGUCACGUGACUGUUGGUGAGAGUAGUGGCUGUAGUGACACUGGUGACGAGUUAAACCGAGAGCAUCCGAGAGCUUCAGCUACUGGAGAAGAAAAUAAACAUUCUACAAACAACGGCACAAUAUGUGAAGAAGAUUCUCCCCGGUUCAUCUUUAAACCACCUUGCCGUUAUAUUUUCUACGGUGCCGAAUUGAUGGACUCGCCAUUCCCCUCCCCCUCAAGAAACAUGACGAGCUUCUUAGAUAGUACAAGUGAGGAAAGUGACAGCGACAGUGUGGGUGAAAUCGAUGAUAACGAAGCUGGUGGCGAUCAGUUGGAUGGAGUGAUCGAGGAUGUGAUAGGAGUUAAAAAAAGUAUUGACAAUGGCCACCAGACAUUAGCAAACGAUGGCAUGUCACCGAUUACUCACAGCAUUGAAAGCGAAAAUAAUAGCGACGACGGUUUUGGAGAAGGUGAUGUGGAGAAGGUACUGAAGACUAGCAACAGUGACGUGACCAAACAAACCUUGUCUCUAAUCUUAGGUGGCUUGAGUAGCUACACAUGCGCAAGCGAAGAGAAUAGUCGUUUGUCAGUUGGAUCUGAUGAUCCGGCGUGUGCGGGCUCAGGUGAUCCUUGCUGCUUGUCGAAAGCGACGGAGACGCUGUUGACUGACCGCCCCUUCAGUGUGGUUACCAUGGGAACAACGCUGACCAAAAGAGAGAGCCUCGAGAUUGAACACCAACAUCGGUUUAAGAAGACAAAAACAGGAGACUCUGAAGACAGCCAGAGGUGCGAUGAUUCAGUGCAGCCAGAAGCAGAAGUCAAUGUUACUAAUGAUGACCAUGUGUCGCAUUCGUGAGCUAAAUCGCUAUUUAUUCCACACAGAGUCUGAGUACUAUUUUGUUGAAAUACGCAUCAUAAUUAUUUUAUAUAUAUAGCGCAUAUUUCUUUUUGACCAAGUGUUUGUAAGUGAAAUCUUUACCACCCGAAAGUGUAUGGCUCAGCUCUAGCUGUUAUCAUUCACACGGAAAAUUAUUCUGAGUAACUCCCCAUUCUAGCGCAUACAGAGAGGGGUAGUGUUCAACGCCGUUACCCGUCGCUUUAAAGUCUCAACGUAACUGAUAAUAGAAGAAGAUUUAGGUCGUGAGCGGUAACUCACUGACCACGCUUACUUCGUUUAACCUUGCAAUUUUUUAGUCAAUUACUCACGAGUUCAUGUUAAAGUUCGGCAACUUACUCGAUAACCUUUUAAUAAAGCCCCCACCAGAGACUCGCGAAAUAGAGCUCCGUUUGUCUCAGUGGUGUGCCCCAAUA